AUGACCCUAAAAUAUUUCAGUUUCAAGAAUGGUUCCUUGACUCGUGAAAGAAUUCGAAAGCAGCUUAAUUGUGAAUGGGAGGAUUUUAGCAAACUUAUAUCGAAGACCAAGCCUGGAAAUGAUGGACACAUCGGAUUUUAUUUCGACGAAGAUGAGAUUGCUCCGCGAGUGUACAAAGGAGACUUUAGAUUCGUAAAGAAGAAUGGAAAGUACGAGAAGGUGAAGGAGUUCAGUCCAGAGAUUGAGGCUCGAGCACUUCUUGAAGGUCAAUCGCUUUUGAAGCUCUACUUUGCCAAGGCCAUGGGUUUUGAAUCGACACACGGUCGUCUCUUCAUAACUGGAGGUGCGUCAAAUAAUCCGGACCUACAGCAAAUCCUUUCGGAUAUGUUUGAUAUGGAUCUAUACAUCAUCGACGUUCCUGAUUCCCCUCCUUUGGGUGGAGCACGGCUAGCUAGAUACGCCUAUUACUCGCCUAAGGAAUCAUACAGCGACUACUACAAAGACACCAGUAUAGAGAAGAAAUCAUCGCCGGAUUCGAAGAAGUCGCAACUCUACAGAGAUAUGCUUCCAGAGCUGGAGGAAAUCUUUAAACUCCUGCCCGAAAAACCAUAA